ACUCUGACACACAGACACACUCUCACUGCCUCUCUCUGUCACAAACACCUCCCAUACUCACCCACUUACUCACUCCCUCUCUUUCUCACUCACUCUCUUUCUCUCUCAGUAUCACAUACUCACACAUACACACACACACGCCCAGAAGUAGUCAACUCUCUUUCUGCCACGGGUCAGCAACUCAGACAGGCAACUUGUUCCUACCCAGCUGGAAAGAGCAGAGCAUCGCAAGGUGCGCACACACAUACUUAAACUGGCACAAAAACACACUUUUACAGUUACACUCAGUCUGACAAAUACACACAUGUGAAUCUUCAUAGAACCCAGGACUUCAUCUAUGGACCCGUGAAGAAGACUUCAGUCAAAGGAGGAGAAAACAGACCAACAGCGAGAAGCAUCAAGGAGGAACUUUAAAAAGGGGAUUCAUUAAAUUCAAACACUUUAUGAACGGAGCUGAGAACAAGAACAAAAAAGAUGACAUCUGGAGGAACUUUGGCAAGACUGAUGCUGUAAGGAGGAAAGGCCUGCUGUCAGCCCAAAGUGGAGAUUGACUGUGACAUCCAGAGGAUCUGCUGUAAGUGCCACUUCCCUUCCUUGUCUCUUCAGGACUCUCACCCUCCACAGGGACUUCUCCUGAUCAUCAGCAUGCCUACAGCUUGCACAAGGUGCACCUUGGGAGUCUGACCCACCAUGUGCAGAUGGACGGCGUCCGCAGUUCAUUUCUGUCCUGAACCUGCCCUCAGCACCACCACUACUGCAGCCUCUACUGGUCCACAUCUCCCCCUGCCCAGUGCAGCCUCCCUUUGCCUGGCAUGCUUCACCGUACUCUUGGUCACCGCUGGUACUGUCACAGGGGCCUGUCCUCCUCGGGUAGGGCAUGAACCCCUCAAGGUGCUCGCAAGCGGUAUCAACUGUUCAUGGACACUGGAAAGGCACACGCGCAGUUAUAAUCACUUAGAGGGUGACGUCCGACUCCGGCGACUUUACUCUGCCAACAAGUUCUUCCUCUGCAUUGACAAAACAGGCAAGGUGGACGGCACCCGACGUAAAAACUACGCUGACAGCCUGAUGGAAAUCCGAUCUGUCAGUGUGGGAGUUGUUGCCAUCAAAUCUGUCAGCACUGGACUGUACUUAGCUAUGUCCAAGAAAGGCACGCUCUUUGGAUCGGUGAAGUACAGCCCAAGCUGCAAGUUUAAAGAACGCAUUGAAGAGAACGGCUACAAUACGUAUGCCUCACUUCGCUGGAAACACGGCGGCAGGCAAAUGUUUGUUUCGCUGAAUGGGCGUGGUAAACCAAGGCGAGGUCACAAGGCUCGACGGAGACACCCAUCUACUCAUUUCCUCCCUAUGCUCCCCUCCUAGUGGCCCAAGUCUGAACUCUGACCACCAACUGGAUGGCCCACCUCUUUCCUAGGACUAGUGUUGAUCUGGCUGUGACACAAUGUGUAUUUUUACUAUUCCAUCCUCCUGUCACAUAAAUGUACAUUUGCUGAGGUCUGUAACACUUGUAGAGGUAGUAUAAUAUCUACUCUUAAGUUAUUUUCUGCAUUUUCUAAUGAUGUUCAGUAAUACAGCAUAACACAGUAGAAUUACACUACGAUCAGACGUCUGUCUUGCCACAAAUCCAUCUGUGUCUGAACUGCAUCUGUUUGAGAGGGGAGUACAGAGAGGGAUGGAGGGGCUUUCACAUAACAAAAUUUGGAUCACUUGUUCAUUGAGAGAUGAAAUCAUUAUUAAGAGAGAUAGCAGCAAGUCAAAGCUUUCAAACACCUGUGCUGGUGACUUUUAAAAACAUCCGAAUAGCAGGUCAUUUCCAGCUUGACUUCAUUUUGUAAUAUAUGUAGCCUUACAAAAAAAAAAAAAAAA